UACCGCUAUUUUGUCAGGGUAUAUAUCGACGAUAUCAUUAUCUUUAGUAAAAUAGAGGAAGAAUAUCUCGAACACCUAUAUACUAUUUACAAAAUCCUUAAUAAGGCCUAUAUCUAUAUUAACGUAACUAAAUCCUUUAUAGGUUAUCUAGCUAUGAGACUCCUUAGGUACAUUAUAAAUGGUAAAGGUAUUACUAAAACUAACGACUAUAUUGCUACCUUUAAGAAGUUAAAAUUCCUAGAUACGCUUGACAGCUUAGAGCAUUACCUUAGAAUGGCUAGAUGGCUUAGGAAAGGCAUUCCGUAG